CAAGGGUGCCCGUGUGGACCAGGCUUCGCAAGAAGCGCACCCCGCUGUCGAGGGUCGAGUUUUUUUUCCUGCCGAGGCUCCCGAUUCGGCAAUCGGAAUGUCCGAUGGUGUGUUCCAUGAUUCCAUGGAAGAGGCCAUCGCCAGCCGCCUGACCAGCACUGCCACGCUGGUGAUGGAUGAUGGUGUUCGCGUUGCUGUGACUGCCCAAGAUAUCGAGGUGAUGGGCAUUGAGCUUUCCGAGGCUCGCGAGCGAGGAAUCUUCCCUCGCACCAAGACCCCUGGUUUCAACAUCCAGGCAAUCAUCGACGACUACGGUCGUCUCAAGGAGUUGAACCAGGCUCGUGGAAGUUCCGCUCGUGAGGACUGGCACAAGAUGCCAGAGGUGUCUAAGCUCAAUGUGCGUAUCGCUCAGGAGAUUCGUGCCCGUGAUAAGACCAUGGCCGAAGUGACCGAGCAGGAACGCGUCAAGACGCUUGUGAACAACUUGAUGAACGGUGUGGACACUGAGUCCCGAAUCUACGGCAUCGUCCAGCAUGCAGUCAUCCAUGCGAUCAAGAAGGACAGUAACGAUGAGGCUGCGAACAAGGCUGGUCAGAACAUGAUCCAGAUGCUCAAGGGCAUUCGAGCUGCCAUCAACCAGAUGUCUGAGCAUCACACUCACAAUAUCGACGGUGCUAACGUCGAAGCUGUUCUCGAGGACGUCUUUGGAAUGAUCGACCACGCUCUCAGUCAGAACUUGGGUGAACGCGUCGAGCAGAUGGAUGGCCAGAUCAACCGUGUCGAUGGUCAGAUCAUGCACUUGAACGCCAUCGGCCAGCACGUCAACGCUAUCGACGGCCACGUUCAUUCUCUAGGCAACAAUAUCAACGCGAUGGGUACCCUUCUCAACUCGACUAACGGCAAUGUCGUUUCUCUUAACACCCAGCUUAGUCUUCUCCAGACUAUUGUCAACAUGUUGCCUCAGAUGAUCCAGCAGGCUCUUGACGAGAUGCUCCCUCAGGUUCUUGAGUCAGCUCUUGGCCCUAUUAUCGCCAUCAUCCAGGCUCGCGCUGCCGCUCUCGGCAACCACAAUGGUACUCUCGGCACUGGUCAUGGUCAUACCCACAAGAAGUCGAUCAAGUCCUUCUUCAAGGGUAUCUUCAAGGGUUUCCGCAAGUCUGGUCACUAGGCUUGCAUUGGUUGAGGAGCAUGGUAGUGUUGUCAUUUUCCCGGCAUAACCGUCACUACGAAGGCGCAUAGGCGUCACUGUUCCUAACCGUGGGUGGUUCUUUGUUUUCUUUUUAUUCGCCUAGGAUAGGCAGGGCAAGGCAUGGGUUGUUUAUAAGGGGAUGGAGUAUAGGUGCUUGUUACUAGUCAUCAAGACUGUAACCAAAAAGUGACUUACCUCUUCAGUAAUGGAAACUGUCAGUUCCCCAUA